GUCUGAGACUGACCUCCAUGUCCGCGACUUCAGUAGACCUUUCUGGCAGUAUCCAUGUUGAGACCAAGUUCAUUCCACCUUCACAACCGUAUCUUCCCGCUCUGGUGUUGCAGGUGACUCGGCUUACUGGAUCUUACAUGGUCUGGAUUGGUGCGACGGAAGAGUCAGAAGGGAAUGCUCAUAUAGCCCCAAUGAGGGGCUUUCUAUUGAGAGAUUGGGCUUGUGCAAUGCCACCAAGCCAGAAUGUGGCUAUCCCUCCUGCUGCUACUUCCUUGAAUCGCUCCUCGAGUUCUGAUGUCGCACUUGCCAUGUCUCAGCGUUUAGCUCGACGCUUCCAAAAGCAAAUAUUCUUGUCCGUAGACAUUCCACCAUCUUUCUUAGCUAUGGGUGAUGGACCCAAGAUACUUUUAGCAAUAGAGAAGGCAGUUGUGGAGCACCUGAAGGUUAUGGAGCACGCGCCGAGUUGAUGGUCUGUUGAUAUCCGGUUGAGGAUGACCGCCUUGACUUGAGGUGCGGUGCGAGAGUACUGGUUGUUGAGAUGUGUAUUUGGACUCUAGAAUAAGCACCCUAUUACAACAGCCUUGUAUGAGUAGACUUGAUAAAAAGAGGAUCGAUGAUAUCUGCGAUAGCCGAGA